GGUUGUCAGUUCUUUGUGUAAUUUUAACACCAGUUCUUGUCAUAUGUUGGUGUUAUUUGCAUUGAGCAGAGAAGUUGUUAUGUGGCUUUUGGUCCACAAUACAUUUUUCUGAGCAUGGAAGUGAUAUAGAGUUAAACUAGUGUUUCUAUGUGAUGAAAAUAGACCAGGUUUUUACUUAUAAUUUAUUAAAUAUGUGAAUGUGCUCUAUAUAUAGUGGUUAUAAAAUGUCACAACUGUGUGGUCCAGCAGCGGCCACUACUGGUCAGUCUUCACACUGCAGAUGUAGUUUGAGUCAGUGGAACAUGUCCUCACAUGUUUCUGCAGUUAUGCCUAGACAUGUAUCUGUGCAUGAGUCACGACAGUCUUUAUAAGCACCACACACAGCCUCAGAGAGACAGACAGACAUGACUGCACAGAGAAGGAGACAGUUGCGCACCAUGUCAUCUCACAAACGGAUCCUGCGAGCUCUUGGCAACGGCUCGACGCGGCGGAGUCUUUUCGGUCCGGUGGAUCACGAGCAGCUUCAGGCCGAGUAUCGAGACGCUCUACGCAAAGACCUGGAAGAUGCGACGCGACGCUGGAGCUUCGAUUUCAUCUCAGAAAAGCCACUCGAGGGCGGAGACUUCCAGUGGGAGGGCGUGUCCAGAGUUCGAGUGCCUGUAUUGUACCGCAGCUGCCAGACGGAGGAGCUGUCGAGACCACGUGGAGAAUCGUCAUGUGACGGUCUGACCGAUCCAACUGGCGUCGGAAAAGAAAACAUCCCCAAAACACCGGAGCAGUUCGUUUCGGUCCCGCAGGACAUGGAGAAAACGCCAGACAAGAAUGGUGCACUGAAAAGAAAACAGACGAAUAUCACAGAUUUCUACCAAGCAAAGAAGAGACUGGUGGACACACCCCGUAAAUCAGGAAAUUAACUAUCACACACACACACACACACACACACACACACACACACACACACACGUACUAACUCAGGAACUCCAUGUGUCUGGACUCAUAUCCUCAUCACAAGAAUAAGGAAACAUGUAUUGAUUAACUCUACACCAUUACCUUCAGUGUAUUUCUAUGCAAGAUGAUCACUUGAAACCAUCAUUAGGAUCAUUUCCCACCAGGACUUCUGUCCCAGGUCUGGUCAUGGACACAUUCUUCACCACAUGAGCUGUACAAGAGUGCCACAUUGUCCCUGAUCAAUCCUGUCGACGGUGACGUCCGCUCCAAGGCAAAAGCAUUUCAUUUAGAGUUCUGCUGUCGUUUGUGUUAUUUCAUUUGUGUUUCCUUCAAUCGUGCUGUUGAUUAUGGUUAAGGAAAUCGGUUCUUUGCCAUUCCUUCUUUUAGCACUUACUGUUUUAUGUUUUUACGUGGACAUUUGAAGAAAUGUAUGUUUAAGAAAAGCCUUAACAGUUGGUUUGGUAUUUGGGUGGGGGAUUUGAAAGACCCUCGACGCCCAUGAAUUGAAUCUUUUGGAAUUUGUGUCAAAAAGACCUUAAAAAAUGAUGAUGAAGUUUAUCGACUUACGAUAUAACACUGAUCUUUCAGUGUGCACAUAUACUAAUGUAUUGCUAUAUUGCACAAAACAUAUAACUCCUUUUAAAAACUCUAAACAGUCUUUGGUGCCUAAUUUCUUUUGGCAGUUAUUUAUAAUCUAACCCUUCUUAAUAAUGUUAUUACGUAAACUUUGAUUAAGCUGCCAAUAUGUUCUCAUACAGCUGCUCUCAUAACGGAGCAGCAAGUACGUCUUUACAAGGUAAAUGUAGUGUCGUUACAAACAUUGGACCUCAAGUAUGAAGCACAAGAAUUUCUGUUUUAAUUGUACGCAAAGAUGCAUUCAUUGAUGCACAAAAGCACUUGUGUUUCGUCAAUGUGGCCCAUUGGAACAGUGCAUUCACAAACACUCAGUUUUGAUGUUGUUAUCAUGGAGUACCAACACUCAAAUAUGUGACACCCCAUCAACGUUGACUAACGUUGACCUAGCCUAUGUCGAUCAAAUCCAUUCUGUGAUGUUUCUUGUAUCCUGAUGCUUGUAGAUGUCUGCGAUCGGUCUGUAAAUACUCACGGUUAAUUCAGAAUUACGUUUGUGUUAUUCUGAAUAGUGUAACUUGCACAGGUCUGUUAUUGUUAAAGAGAUAUUAAAGUGUUCUGUAUUUAUUUCCUGAUUAAUAUUGUAUUGUAGAUUUACAUUUAAUUGUUCCUAAAUAAAGUGGAAGAGAAACUGA